GUAACGUCGCUCCGUACAGAGACACAGACGGACGCCCCUACUGGCAAAAAGCCAUAACUGCACCUAUCAAUGAGAGAUCGGUGGAAAGUCCCAGCCUGGAAAUCCCCUCAACCAUCCCCGGGCUUUCCGUUCCGUUCUUUACAAUUACUUCGGAGGAUCUAUAGGGUGCUUAGACAGAGUGUACAUCGAACACACCGAAAUAGAUCAGGUUGAGAAGACUGAAUGGCGCCGUGGACAUCUGUGGUUGGGCAGACUGAAGUGGCAGAAGACCCUGAGCAUCCUUAGGGCUUUGUUGGUACCGACAUAUUGCACAGUUCAGCGUUGGUGCUAGUCCGCGUGGCCAGCACCAUGUCCCAGGGACAGAACUUCCUGCCCAAGUUCCUGUUCGUCAGCAACUUGCUGAAGGCGGUGAAGAUCCGCGAGCGCGUGCCCAACGAUGUGGUGAAGCCGGCCGCCAGCGGUGGGCUCAUGCACCACUUGCGUGGCAUGCACCGCUACACCCUGGAGAUGAUCGGCAUGAGCCAGUUCCCCCAGGCCUUCCGAGAGGUGGUGCAGGCCGCCAUCUUGGAUAGAGCCAUGCAGAUCUCCCUGGAGCAGGAGAAGAAGCUGAACUGGUGCCGCGAGGUCAAGAAGAUGGUGCCCCUCAGAACCAAUGGGGAUGGGAACUGCCUGCUCCACGCGGCGUCUCAGUACAUGCUAGGGGUGCAGGACACAGACCUGGUGCUGAGGAAGGCUCUCCAAGGGGUUCUGAAGGAGACCGACACGGGGAGCUUCAGGGCUCGUUUCCAGACCGAGCUGCUCCAGUCGCAGGAGUUCACCCAGACAGGCCUGCACUACACCACCACGAACUGGGAGGAAGAGUGGGAGAAGAUAAUCAAGAUGGCGUCUCCCGUGUCCAGCAGCAACGGACUGCAGUUUGACUCCCUGGAGGACGUCCACAUCUUCAUUCUCUCCAACAUCCUCCGCAGACCCAUCAUCGUCAUAGCAGACCAGGUGCUGCGCAGUAUGAAGUCAGGCUCCUCCUUCUCGCCGCUGAACGUGGGUGGAGUCUACCUGCCGCUGCAGUGGCCUCCAGGGGAGUGUUACAAGUAUCCCAUAGUCCUCGGCUACGACUCACAGCACUUUGCCCCUCUCAUCACCAUCAAAGACAGUGGACCAGAGAUCCGCGCGGUGCCUCUGAUCAACCCGGGCCGGGGGGGUUUCGAGGAGCUGAAGGUCCACUUCCUGACGGAGAAGGAGCAGCAGCAGAAGGCCCGCUUGCUGCAGGAGUACCUGGUCCUGCUGGACAUCCCCGUCAUCGGCCUGGGCUACGACACCACGCGCAUCAUCAACGCUGCCCGGCUGGAUGAGGGGAACCUUCCGGAGGACAUGAACCUGAUGGAGGACUACCUGCAGCUGGUCAACCACGAGUACAAGCGCUGGCAGGAGGACAAGGAGCAGGUGUGGGCGGCCCAGUCCCAGAGACCCCCCCCCUUCUCCGUCUCCCAGCUCUCCCUCAUCGAGAUCCGCUGCGCCACGCCGCGAUGCACCUUCUACGUCUCCGUGGACACGCAGCCCCACUGUCACGAGUGCUUCGAGAAGCGGCAGGCCAACGGGCACAUGGAGGCGGCGCCCACCAAGGGAGGGGGCCAGGCGGGGGUGGAGGUGGAGGCCCGCGGGGGCCGCAGCAGCCCGCCGGGCAGAGCCGUCGUGUCAAGCCCCCGCUCGGCCCCUCCCACGGCGCCCAGCCUCAGCCUGUACAGCGAGACGCACGCCAUGAAGUGCAAGACGCCCGGCUGCCUGUUCACCCUCAGCGUGGAGCACGACGGCCUCUGCGAGCGCUGCUUCAACGCCCGGCAGAACGCCCCUCCCCCGGCCGCCACCGCCGCCCCGCCCGCCGCCCCCCCCGGGGCUCCCCAGGGCCUCCCGCUCCCCGCCCACCCCGGCUGGCCUCAGUGGGGGGGCCGGGAAGCCGAGGCGGAGAGGUGCAGCAUGUGUCGCCAGGAGGUCUUCAGGGUGUUUAAUGGGCUCUGCACCCCCUGCAUGCAGAGGACUUCCACAGAAAGGGGGGAGCCCCAGCACAUCACCCCCAGGACUGAGGCCUUGUCGUCGGGCUGGAGCCAGCCCCGGGACUCUGAGAGGUCGGCCGCCUCCGUGCUGAACCCCAGCCUGGCCCCCGGCCACGGGCACACGUCAGCCUGGCAGACGCCACUGGCACGACCCUGUAAGAGGUCGGGUUGCCAGUUCUUUGGGACGCCAGAGAAGCUGGGCUUCUGUACCAUCUGCUAUGUGGACUACCAGACCAACCAUCAGUUAGCUCUACCCCCAGCGCCGACACAGAGCCGCCACGCUUCAGAGGCCGGCUUUCAGAACGCCACGCGGUGUCGCGGCCCUGGCUGCGGCUCGCUGGGCAAGGCCAUGCUGGAGGGCUACUGUAACAAGUGCUACGUAAAAGAACAGAGUGCCCGGCUUAACCAGGCCGCCAUCCGCACCCCGCACUCCCCCCCUAUGGUUAUGCGAGCUGCCAAGCCCAAACAGUCCCAGACGCAGACCCAGACGCAGACUGAAACCCAGACCCAGACUCAGACGCAGUGCAGGCGGAGCGGCUGCAGCAACGAGUCCCCGGGCUGCACGGACCUGUGUCCGGAGUGCCACACGCGGGGCCAGAGGGAGAACCGCAGGGCCCAGGCCCCCAAGGAGAAGUCCAAGCAGAGGUGCCGCACCCAGGGCUGCGACCACUACGCCAACCAGGAGAAGCAGGGCUACUGCAACGAAUGUGACCACUUCAAACAGAUCUAUCGUGGCUGAAGCCAGGGACUGUACCCAACCUAGUUGUGCCAUCCUGUGCCCACCAUGCCAGUCAAUGCACCACUGUUACAAGGACCCCCUCCCCAUGUCAGCUGUCUUAUGAGGGUGGGGGAGGGGGCGACAGAUUACCUCUUAGUGCAGUUCUAUAAUCUUACAUGUAUAGGAGGGGGAACCUGUGUGACUACUGACUAGCUAACUCAUGCCUACAUUAUGUAUCUACCUAAGGACACGAUCCAUCACAUUUGGACAAAAUGAUUGUAUGUAAAACCACGAGCAUGAGAUAUGCGUUGCUUUAGAAUCCGGCCAAGGAAUACCAUUUGUCUGUGUGUCUGUCUGUGAAGCAACUACUACUGUAGUUUGUAGAAGCCCAGUGGAAGUUGGACCUGACCUCUUCUGAGCAGUGCCUAGUCGGGCCAAACCAACAGUGCACUAGCAUAACAGGGAAGGAGGCUGGUUACCGUACAAACCUGGUUACUGCAUACAUGUGACACGUAAACAGGUGUACCAGCGCCAGUCGUCAGUCCCACUGUAAACUGCUGAUGUACAGUGUGUGUGUGUGUGUGUGUAUGUGUGCGAGAGAGAGAGAGAGAGCUGCAGACACUGGACAGGCAGGACCCUGACAGUAUGGUGCUACCUGUACAGAAAUACAUUACUCUUAAUAACACAGAGCCUGUGUGCGUGUGCGUGCGUGUCUGCGUGCUUAUGCAUGCACAUGUGUGUCACAUUUUAGUCUGAUACAGUAAAUCUAGAUGGCAGUAAUACUCCACCUUCUCCAUGGCACGGUGCAGAGAUGUUGCCUUAGUGGUUGUGUGACACUGUUUGCUGUUCACCACUUUUAUACUCUGGACUACAGAACCCCAGUCACUGCUAGCCCUGACAGAGUAGAGCAAGGUUCGAGUCUUGUCUCAACCUGUCCUCCACGGAACUCCAACUGUUGUUGACAAGGCCAGUUAUUGACUGAAUUCAGUUAACGAAUAGAUAAGAGGAGGAGGAGGGAGAGGAGGAGGAAUAGGGGAUUGCCAACAAAGAAGGGAGUGUGUCAGAAGGGAAAGAGAAAAUAACACGAGGUGAAUUCCCCACCGCUGUUCUCCAACCUCUCACCUCGCCCCUGUAGCAGAGCAAACACCACGCCCCUGUAAGGAGAAAGAGAGAGAGACAAGCAGGGAGGGGGAGGGGACAGAUGCAAACAGGUGGAAAACAUGCCUUUGGAAGGUGGGAGCCGCUGUUGUCCUUCAUCUCUUUGCACGGCCACAGUAGUCUGGGUCUCUUGACGGGUAUUAUUCCUUGUCAGGCCCUCAGUCUCCAUGCCUAGUCUGUAGUCGGUAGGAUAGUCGUGACCCCUCCGGUUGGCCGGUUCUCCUCUGAGGUCUGCUCACACGAUGCCUCGGCCCUAGACUCGCAGCAGUCGGAGAUCUCCUGACAGAUCUGGGCUUUCUACAACUGACGUUUCUUGUUUUUCCUCAUUCCUGCCAAACAAACUUGACGUGCCAUCAUCCACCCCGGUGUUGCUGCUCUGCCCUGCUGAGGACAGCCUGCCUGUUAGAUACCUGCUUAGCUGGCGUCUGUUGACGAGAAGACGUUUUGUGACAGCCUAGCUCUAGAUAGAGAGAUGUGCUUAAAUCAGAGUAGAAACACAUAAGGGCAAUUAGCAGUCAGCUUGCCAAGGGUUCUUGAAGGUUUCUGGGUCUGAACUGGAUUCAUAGCAUCACAGACUUGUUGCACAACACUUUAUAAGCUGCUCUGGAAUCUGGCUCGGUACUUUGAUAUGCGUAGGGACAUUCCAAUGGUAAACAUUGCCAAGCAAAGCUGUAACAAAAAUGCAAAGGUGUAAGGUCAGUUUUGUGUAACCUUUCAAUAAUAGGGUAUUGUACGACAAGCCUUGAUUUGUUUGUUUAGUAUUUAUUCAUAUCAAAUAUCCGUAUUGUGUGAUUAUUUAUAUGUUGUCCUGAAAUGAAUUAUUUUUAUUAA